GCCCCCCCAGCCCGGCCGAGUUUAUAAGGGCCCGGGGCCGGAGCGCAGCGAAGCGCUGUGGUGCAGCCGCGCAGGAGCCGCGUGUUCUCGGACGGUUCUCGGACACCAAGCGGACCGAAAAAGUUCAGACAUCAAAGAUGGAGAUUUGCCGUAACGGAUUCUGCACUGAGGACUUCAGGACCCAGGAGGUCCCGGCCGGCUUCGACUUCACAUCGUAUGACUAUCCUGGUGAAGACCUGUCUUUUCUGUUAGACAAUAAAGCACUGCAGCAAUUCCCAGCAGAAAGCAGCUACCAGGAACCUCCAAAGAUGACCCACCUGUAUGAAUCCAAAGGAAGCAGCAGUGAUGCCGCUCUAUUCAACCUGGACUCUUACAAGGAGUUAAGCUGGUGGGCGUCAUAUCCCCAAGCAGACCAGUCACAGGCGGGAUACCAGGAGGCUCCGCCCUCUUACCAGAGCCUAGUGUCGCAGGACGGACAGUUCAGUCCAGCUGUGGAGGCCAGCCACAGCCCUUUCCUCACAGGACAGCCGUCUAACGUGCUGCAAUGUGAUGCAGAUCAGAGCUACUUUGACUCAGACUCACAGAGGCAGUCAUCUUCCUUCUGGUUUGAGUAUCAGUCUCCAUGGGGUCCUGCUCCACCGCCUCCUCCUGUCUCCUGCCCUGCCAACCCUCCAGCCUCGGAGCAACACUGCCCCCGUGUGGCCAAACGGAAAGGCACACCCCCUCAGAGACCUGACCGGGAGGGUCAGAUGACAGGAAUGUCAGCGUAUCCAGGUUCUGGUCCCAUCCAGUUGUGGCAGUUUUUACUAGAACUUCUUCUGGACUCUGCUUGUCGCACCUUCAUCUCUUGGACGGGAGACGGCUGGGAGUUUAAAAUGUCUGAUCCCACAGAGGUGGCCAAGCGCUGGGGUCAGUGCAAGAACAAACCCAAGAUGAACUACGAGAAGCUGAGCCGCGGCCUGCGCUACUACUACCACAAGAAUAUCAUCCACAAGACCGCAGGCAAGCGCUACGUCUACCGCUUUGUCUGUGACAUGCAGGGCAUGCUGGGAAAGACGGCGGAGGAGGUCUUGAGCAGUCUGAACGUCUUACCCACCAACGUGGAGUCGUGGCCGUGUGCCGAGGGCUCGGCAGCCGGGUCGGAGCAGACGGCCCAAGUGUGGAGGAGUGAGUGACUCGCACGUGUUGUGCUGAGCAGUACUGAGUCCUAUAAACUGGAGGGUCGACGCCGAAUUUCCUUGAUCUUGGGAGAAAAGUAAA